CGUUUUUUAACACUUUUCGUGGUGUGCCGUAAAUAUUUUGUCAAAAUUUUCAAGUGCUCGCGCAGAGAAUGUUAGGUGACAGUUUAAGAAACGACUGGCUCCUCUGGCCCCCUGCCCUCCAGCUGCUCAACUUUCCCUCGCCACAGCAGCAGGAGCAGGAACCUGGUCCUUUGGUUCGGUACGAGUAUCCUUCGAUACCCCAGCUGCGCCUGGCAGCCCGUAGAUUGGGGCCUUCGCGUUUGGUUGUGGAAGGUUCCGGCGAGGGCUCCGGUGGACAGGAGAACGGAAGUGGCGCCUCACCGAGAGUGAUCUUUGUGCGGAGGUGCUACAUGAUGGCCGGCCUGUUCUCGAUCAACACUGCGAUCCCCGCCAUAAUCCUGUCCGAGGCCAUUCCUCCGCAUACAGAUCUCAUAAUGCCAGGCUUCAUUUGCGCCAUGGUUUCCCUAAUGGUGCUCUUUGUCUUCUGUCUCUCGGCCAAGUUGCGGAAGUUCUAUUGGUUCAGCUUCAUCAUGGCCGGGCUGUUUGUGAGUCUGGCAGGAUUGGGCGUGAAUCUGCUUCUCGUGGAGCGGAUUAUUGUCCGCGUGUGCAGUGCCCUCCUGGCGGCGUCUGCCAUGACUGUGAUCUGCUAUUGCGCUGGUGCAUGGUUACCCAAGAUCAUUCUGCCCGGAGAGAAGACUAUGUUUCUCCUGCUCGUCAUCUUCGUGAUGGCCUCCAUCUUUGUGAUGACCGUGUUUAUUUUCACGGACAAUUGGAUCUACCAGCUGGUGUACUUCUCGUUAUUGGCCACUUUGCUAAUACCCGCAUCCGUUUAUCACGCUCAAGUGGUUCAUUCCCGGCGAUUCCAGCUGCCGGAAUACGAAUUUGUGAUUUGCGCCGUCAACGUGUAUCUGCACUUUCUGCUGUUCUUUGCGGCCUUCUACUUUGUCAUCUGGCCGACCAAAUGGUGACGAAUUCAGGGACUUGGAGUCCUUAGGAGACUGGUUACUACUGAAGGUCCUUAAACGGAAUGAUGGCCAUGUAGUUAGCUGAAUCUACUGUUUUUGGCUAAAUAAAGGAACACUUUUGUAGCCAUAAUGUUAAUAUAUAUCUCAGCAAGAGUAUCAGUACAAUAUUUUUAUACA